AUGAAUUCAAGUUGUACUGCAGCUGGAAUAGGUAUUGAAGGAUCAGCCUCGAAUCAACUCGAUAGUCCUCGUGGAAUCUUUGUUGAUGUGAAUUUGGAUUUAUAUGUGGCAGAUUGUCAAAAUCAUCGAGUUCAAUUAUUUCAGUCAGGAGAAUUAAAUGGCAUCACAGUGGCUGGAAGUAAAUCACUAAAUCCAACAAUUGAACUUCGUUGUCCAAGUGGAAUUCUAUUAGAUGCUGAGAAAUAUUUAUUUAUUGUGGAUCAAGGCGAUAGUCGUAUUGUUGGUUCAGGCUUGAGUGGUUUUGGAUGUUUAGUUGGAUGUGAUGGAGAGGGUUCGAAAUCCAAUCAACUGUCUAGUCCAAUUAGUUUGAGUUUCGAUCAUUCUGGAAACAUGUUUGUUACUGAUCAAUCAAAUCAUCGAAUUCAGAAGUUUCAAUAUUUCAAAAAAUCAUGUGAUAACUCAUCACCAAUAAAAUCAAUGUAUUUAUCAUCGUUGACACCAAAUAGUUCAAUUUAUUUCAAAGAUUGUUCAGAGUUCAAUUCGUAUUAUGAAGCGAUACAAAUGAAUGUCAAUGUAACUGGAGAUUAUACUAUUCUAAUCAACAGCGAGAUGAAAACCACAUAUGGUUACAUCUAUACAAAUAGUUUUAAUGUAUUUAAUUGGUCAGAAAAUAGGCUUACUUAUAAUGGAUACAGUGGUAACCAGGGUCAGUUUCAACUCACACCUAUUCUUCAAGCUAAUAUGAAAUACAUUUUCGUUAUGACAACAUCUUCUCCAAAUAUAACAGGAAAUUUUGCAAUUCAAGUUUCUGGCCCAAGCCAUAUCGGUUUCAAUCGUAUUUGUGAGUAUCUAUAG